AUGUCACAGCCAAGUAGUCGUCCUGUGACGGCCGCGACAUGGCGUCCCUGGGGACCAGACGCGACGCCGAGUUCACCGGCAACAGGCACACCUUACUCAUACUCACAACAAGCCUUGACGGCUAGUUCUGCAGGGAAGCGGAAACGUGAUGAGACGCACCUAUUACAGCCCGCUCAACGGACGUAUCCACAACAAGCUGUGCCUGCUGUCACUCGGCGGCUAGCGACGCCUCCAGCUGUGCAGGAAGAGCCGACUCGCUUUGUCGACAUCAAUAAGGGCAGACCUGUUGCACUGCGGAAAGAAUACUCGGCGCAAUGGGAAGCGCUUGGUGCUAGCAGCUUUGACGAUCCAGAGGGCCAUUAUGUCAUUGUGCCUAAUGCACCACUCACGAAACGAUACAAGAUUAUACGACUUCUUGGUCAGGGUACCUUUGGCAAAGUUGUACAAGCGUACGACCAUGUCAAUCGGAUAUUCGUCGCCAUCAAAAUCAUUCGCGCUGUCCAAAAAUACAGAGAUGCAAGUAUGAUUGAAUUGCGCGUCUUGCGAACACUCUAUCAACGGGAUCCAAAUAAUUGGAACAAUUGUAUACACCUACGCGAUUGCUUCGAUUAUCGGAAUCAUGUGUGCAUCGUCACCGAUCUACUUGGCGAGUCCAUCUUUGAUUUUCUCAAGGGUAAUGACUUUGCCCCCUUUCCACGACAGCAUAUUCAAGACUUUGCUCGUCAACUCUUCAAGUCUGUUAUGUUUCUGCAUUUUGCGAAUCUGAUACACACAGACUUGAAGCCGGAGAAUAUACUGCUCGUGAGUAAUGAGUAUCAUCUGGAGCCCUGGCGUGGCAGGACAGCCAAUAUUGUGACGCGCAAAGUAUUGGAGAAUAGCGAUAUUCGGCUGAUUGAUUUUGGCAGUGCGACGUUUGAGGAUGAGUACCAUUCAACUGUUGUGAGUACGCGGCAUUAUCGAGCGCCAGAGAUCAUUCUUGGGAUGGGCUGGUCCUAUCCUUGUGAUAUCUGGUCGAUUGGUUGCAUCCUGCUUGAACUUUUCACUGGUGAUGCAUUGUUCCAGACACAUGAUAAUCUGGAACACCUCGCCAUGAUGGAUAUUGUGUGUGGACCCAUGGAUGGUCGGAUCGUACGGCAAAGUUCCAAGCUUGCACAAAAGAUGUUUCGCAGCAAUGGCAGACUCGACUAUCCCAACAAGGAAACCACAAAGGACUCUCGCAAGUUUGUCAAACAAAUGAAACCUCUGGCGGAGAUGCUACCACGCAGGUCUUCCAUCUUUUGCGAACAGUUUGGUAAGUUGCUACAAGAGAUUUUUGUGUAUGAUCCAGCAAGACGCAUCACGGCGAAGAAGGCCCUUGCGCAUCCGUUCUUCCAGAUCGACCCAAACAUGUAA